CCAACUUUGCGCCUUGAACACAAGGAAGCAUGGCCGUCUUUGUUGAAAGCAUUAGCCCGAUCCAAGCCAAGGUCGUCGCCGUCGGCGUCCUGCACAGCGUCACCGUCUACGUCAUUCGUGUCCACCACGGCGACGACGUCUGGUACAUUGCGCGCCGGUACUCGGAGUUCCACGAGCUCAUGAAGACGAUUCAAGCCGUCUCGGCGACGACCGUCUGCGACGUCGCGACGCACUUUCAGACCUUUGGCAUCAUCGAAUCCUUCCCCAAGAAGAAGCUCUUCAACACAAGAUCGCUAGCGCUCUCGCGCCUCGAAGAGCUGCAAGAGUUUCUCAAGACGAUCCUCAUGGCCACCCAAGGCCUGACGUCCGACAUCGACGAAGCGUGCUCGAUGGCCCACGGCGUGCGCGCGUUCCUCGAGGCCCCGGCAUCGGCCACGACGUCGCCGUCCCACAGCGCCAAGCGCGACACGAACGCGCGCAUUUUUGGCCAGCUCAGCGCCAUUUACAAGAACGAGGAAGAGCUCGACGAAAGCAACAAUGUCGUGCGCCAGAGCCAUCUGCGCAGCAAGAGUGCGCGCAACCUCCGCGACUCGAUCGACGCGACCCGCGACUCGUCCUACUACCGGAGCAUGAGCGUCGAUCUCCAGGGCUAAGUCGCGAUCGCCUCUAUCUGUUCUCGUCCGCCGUGUAUUUAAGCUUCAAUGUCGACUGUCGUCCAUCUUUAACGCA